GUCAACGUUGACAUAUUUUUAAGAUAUUGGUAGCCCUGUUUCGUCCCCUGCCUUUCAUUGUUGCUAUUUAAUACCCGGUGUGUUUGCGUUUUUCAUUAUUUCUUGCAGAAAGUUUUACUGUAAGUCUUUUACAAUCUAACGAAAAGUAUUGACAAUAAUUAUUUAGCAAACAAAAGAAGGCGGAGGGGGUAGCAGGAGGUGAAGAUGGAUAAUUUGGAGGAGGUAUUGCAAGCCCUUGACGAAUUUCAGAAAGUGCGUCCAAGUGAAAUACCUCGAGAACUCGAGGAUUAUUUAUGUUGGGUUGCGAAAACUGGUGAUCCUGUUUAUCAGUGGUCACUAAUUAAAACAUUGUUUAGGGAAAAACUUACUCGCGUAAUGACCGAAUUUUAUGAAAGUUGUCCGACGCUUGAUCUUGCACCGUGUCCGAACGUUGAGCAUUUCAAUUAUGAUAUGAUGAAAAGCAAUCUCUUAGAGCGUUUGGAAUCAUUUGCAAACGCUCCGUUCACUGUUCAACGAAUUUGUGAAUUAUUAACAGCACCGCGCAAAGAAUACAAUAGAGUUGACAAAUUUAUGAGAGCUAUUGAAAAAAAUAUCUUAGUUGUUUCUACUAGAGAACCUGGACCAAUAACCAGGAGAAAUGAAAAUGGAGAUGGUAUGGUGAAUGGAUCAGUAGAUGAAGAUCCAUCUGUAACACAGCCUCCUCAGGAUGUAGAAAUGGAAUAUUGGGAAAAGGACUGUUCUUCCACAGUUACAAUUAGCGUGCAUACUGUUGAAAAUGAAACGCCUUUAUUACAUACUGUUGUACCAACUAAUACUGUAGUAAAAAAUGUAUUUGAUACGGAAGAACUUUCACAUGAAAAAGUAGAAUCAACAUCUAAGUCAGAUAUUGUAGUAUCUAAUUUUAUACAAACUACUUCAGAGUUUUCAGGAGUUUCCAAUUUGAAUUCUCAAGCACAAACACAGGAUUCACAAAUUGGUUCUGCAAUACAAAAUCUGUCAACCAUAGUUCCUGAAAAUUCUGGAAUUAUUAGUGAUGUUUCAGAAGCAAUUAUGAACGAAGAUACUAGUUCUCAACCUAGUUUAGAAUUGAUAAAUGAAGGAGAUGCUGUAGAUUCCUCAAGAAAAUUACAAACUACUUUCCAAACAAAAGAUUUUAGCACAAAUGAAAAUAAGUCAACAAAAUUUUAUAUAGAUAAUUCUAAGAUAAAUGAAAAGACAGAAGUUGAAUUAAUGUCAAUACAUGUACAAGAAGGAUCAAAUAAAAGUAAAGAUAUAUUAGUUAAAUCAGAUAUUGAACUCAAAACUGUAUUGGAUAACAAAGAAUCAGUUAGUCCAAUUGUUGAAAAUCUAAAUACUAAUAAAAAUUUGGAAAAUGCAAUAAAAUUAGAUACUGGAGUAGAAAACAUUCAAUCAAUUAUUGAUACAUCUACUUCAAAUAAAAAAUCACUAGAUGUGGAAAGUACAUCAACAACAAACAAUUCAGAACAACUGACAAAUAAUUUAAUUUUAUCUACUGAUAAUAUAAGUACAGAGGAAACUAUAAAUACUUCAGAGAAUUUAUCUGUAGAUAUAGAAAAUCUGAAAGAUCAAACUAAAGAAGUAGAAUUAAUAAAGAACUCAAAAUCUAUAAUAGAAGAAUCAUGUUCCAAAACUAAUAUAACAAAACAUUUCAAUCAGAAUCAAAAAAAAAAUGAUUUAACUAUCACAGAAAUUGGAGAAGAUGAGGGCAGUAUCAUAAAAACUAUAGUACCUGAUCCAAUUCCUAUUGUUGAGGAACCAAAAAAUAUAGAGUCUAUUAAAAUUAAAGAAAACAUUUCACCAAUUGAAAUAACAGAAAAAUCAGAAAAUCUGCAAAAUUCUCCAAUAAUAUGUCAAUCAGAAAACAAAGAAACAAUGUCUAUUAAAGAUAGUAAUGUAGCACAAUUACAAGGUAAUAAUAUAACUUCUACCAUAAAUAAAAUACACGAUAGUGACACAGUAAUUGAAAAUAUAAUGAAUAAAAAAGAACAGAAAGAGGUGGAAUUAAUGGAUGUAGAUGAAGAAGAAACAUUAUCUGUGUUUCAACAAGAUGAUGAAGUCAUGGAACAAGAAACAGUACAAUCAUCUAGAAGUUAAUGAUAUGUAAGAAGAAGAUUUUAUUCAUAUUUUUUAAUAUUUGAUUUUGAUUUUAAUAGAAAACAUAAAAAAAAAUAGUAAAAAUGGAAUUUGUUUAAAUGAUAAAAAUUUGUAUUGUAUUUCAAAUAUGAUUUGUAUGAUUUUCUUUAAGUAAUUUAAUAUAUGAGAUACAUAAAGAAAUAUUGUAAGAUGAUUUACUAGAAAUUCUCUAAUCAUAUAUUAUAUUACUGUUUCAUUAACUUUAUAAUUACCAUUCAUUCAAUUUCAUAAUUAUUACUAAAUCAAUUUGGUAUUGUACAGAGACUUGUUCAUAUGAAUUUCUAAGCUCCUAUAGAAAGCAAAACACUGCCUAUUUCCAGAACGUUAUAAUAUUAGUUAUCAGUUUUGACUAUGAUUUGGAUCUUAAUUCAAAUCAAUUUGUAAAAAAUUUCAUAAUAAAUUUAUGUGAAUGAAGUUUCUACUUAGGAUAUGGCUGUGUUUGUAAUUAAAACAUAUGAAAUUUUUACAUGGCUCCUAACAUAAUACAAUAUGUGAUAUAAAAAAAGAAGCAUUUAAACAUGAAUUUUAGUGCUUUACAGAAUAUUUUAUUGGCAAAUAGGAGCAUAGAUCUGACCAAUUAUAAACUAAAUUAAUUACUGAUUGUAUAAAAUCAUAAGAAAUAAUUUUGAUUUUUAAUAAUUGGAAGUAAUGAAAAAUGAAAAAUAUGUCAAUUUUAAAAAAUCAGUACUAUUUAUUAAUAAUAUAUAUUCACAAAAAUGACUGAAAUUUACAAAUAUUUCAAUUGUAUUAAAUAUGAAUGGGAUCAAAACAUGAAUUCCAUUUAAUAUUCAAUUGAUAAAAAAAUGUAUUGCUAUGUAAAACAUAGCAAAGAUAAAAAAUUAAUUUUUUCCAAUUACAAAAUGGUGAUAUUACUGUUUAUGUUUUGCUCUAUUUUCCAAUAGAUAAAUAUAAUAAUUAAAUACUUGUCAAAUAACAUGAAUAUUAUAACAUUUUUUUUUCUUUUAAAAUGAAAAUUUUAUUUCACAAAACACAUUUAUUUAAAUUAAUUUAAAUAAAUAAAAUUUAUCUUAUCUAGUUUAAUUACAAUAAUUUGCUUCUGGUCACAAUAUUUUCAUCAAAUAUUUUUAUGCAGAUUUAAGUAUAAAAAUGAUUCUUCUUCUUAAAAAUAAUUAUAGUAACAUUUAUUAUAGUAAUUUAAAGACAACAUAUAGAACAAUGAUAUAAAACAUUGAUAUAAUUUAAGAAAUAACAGUGUACAAUAUUUUAUAGAAAAUAUAUUAAAAAUCAUUACCAAAGUGGAAUUAUUUAUAAUACCUGCUUUAUAUUUUAGAAUAUAGCUUUGUAAUUCUUAUGAUUAUAAAUUAUAAUUUGUAAUAAAUGUCUCAUAUAUAUUAUUUUAAUAAAUAAACGUGUAUCAAAUUAAAUUUUUUAAAUUUUAAGUUUAUACAAAUUUAAUGAUUUGAAAUUUUAUAGUAAAAAAUACAUGAUAUAAAAUAAUUUCAAAAUAAAACAUUGUAUUUCAAAAAUUAAAUCAAUAAAUUUAAUCAUUAUUUAUUACAAA